AUGGGGGAACAGGUGGCAGAACAGUGGGGAAUCCAAGCCUUCAGGGUGCUGAUCAAAGCCUGGAGCCCCAUCUUGGAGGUGGGAGACCAGGGUCCAGUCUUGACGUACACAGGCUCCAUCCUGGUGGCUGUAAACCCCUACCAGCUGCUCUCCAUCUACUCACCAGAACACAUCCGCCAGUACACCAACAAGAAGAUUGGGGAGAUGCCCCCCCACAUCUUUGCCAUUGCAGACAACUGCUACUUCAACAUGAAACGCAACAGCCGGGACCAGUGCUGUAUCAUCAGCGGAGAGUCCGGAGCAGGGAAGACAGAGAGCACGAAGCUGAUCCUGCAGUUCCUGGCGGCCGUCAGCGGGCAGCACUCGUGGAUCGAGCAGCAGGUCCUGGAGGCCACCCCCAUCCUGGAAGCAUUUGGCAAUGCCAAGACCAUCCGCAAUGACAACUCCAGCCGCUUUGGGAAGUACAUUGACAUCCACUUCAACAAGCGGGGUGCCAUCGAGGGUGCCAAGAUCCAGCAAUAUUUGCUAGAGAAGUCCCGAGUCUGUCGCCAGGCCCCUGAUGAGAGGAACUAUCACGUAUUCUACUGCAUGCUGGAAGGCAUGAAUGAGGAGCAGAAGAAGAAGCUUGGCCUGGGUCAGGCAGCCGACUACAACUACUUGGCCAUGGGUAACUGCAUAACCUGCGAGGGCCGGGUGGACAGCCAGGAGUACGCCAACAUCCGUUCUGCCAUGAAGGUGCUCAUGUUCACUGACACAGAGAACUGGGAGAUCUCCAAGCUCCUGGCUGCCAUCUUGCACAUGGGCAACCUACAGUACGAGGCCCGCACAUUUGAAAACCUGGACGCCUGUGAGGUCCUCUUCUCCCCAUCCCUGGCCACAGCUGCAUCUCUGCUUGAGGUGAAUCCCCCAGAUCUGAUGAGCUGCCUGACCAGCCGCACCCUCAUCACCCGUGGGGAGACGGUGUCCACCCCACUUAGCAGAGAGCAGGCACUGGAUGUGCGUGACGCUUUUGUCAAGGGCAUCUAUGGUCGCCUCUUUGUGUGGAUUGUGGAUAAGAUCAACGCCGCAAUUUACAAGCCUCCCUCCCAGGAAGUGAAGAACACACGCCGGUCCAUCGGCCUUCUGGACAUCUUUGGGUUCGAGAACUUUGCAGUGAACAGCUUCGAGCAGCUCUGUAUCAACUUCGCCAACGAGCACCUGCAGCAGUUCUUCGUGCGGCAUGUGUUCAAGCUGGAGCAGGAGGAAUAUAACCUGGAGAGCAUCGACUGGCUGCACAUAGAGUUCACUGACAACCAGGACGCCCUGGACAUGAUCGCUAACAGGCCCAUGAACAUCAUCUCCCUCAUCGACGAGGAGAGCAAGUUCCCCAAGGGCACAGAUGCCACCAUGCUACAUAAACUGAACUCCCAGCACAAGGUCAACCCCAACUAUGUGCCCCCCAAGAACAGCCAUGAGACCCAGUUCGGCAUCAUCCACUUUGCAGGCGUUGUCUACUAUGAGACUCAAGGCUUCCUGGAGAAGAACCGAGACACCCUGCAUGGGGACAUCAUCCAGCUUGUCCACUCCUCCCGGAACAAGUUCAUCAAGCAGAUCUUCCAGGCCGAUGUUGCCAUGGGCGCCGAGACCAGGAAGCGCUCGCCCACACUCAGCAGCCAGUUCAAGCGGUCCCUGGAGCUGCUGAUGCGCACGCUGGGCGCCUGCCAGCCUUUCUUUGUGCGUUGCAUCAAACCCAAUGAGUUCAAGAAACCCAUGCUGUUCGAUCGGCAUCUGUGCGUGCGCCAGCUGCGGUACUCAGGCAUGAUGGAGACCAUCCGGAUCCGCCGCGCUGGCUACCCCAUCCGCUACAGCUUCGUAGAGUUCGUGGAGCGUUACCGUGUGCUGCUGCCUGGUGUGAAGCCAGCCUACAAGCAGGACGACCUCCGGGGGACAUGCCAGCGGAUGGCUGAGGCUGUGCUGGGCACUCACGAUGACUGGCAGAUCGGCAAAACUAAGAUCUUUCUGAAGGACCACCAUGACAUGCUCCUGGAGGUAGAGCGAGACAAGGCCAUCACAGAGAGAGUCAUCCUCCUCCAGAAGGUCAUCCGGGGAUUCAAAGACAGGUCCAACUUCUUGAAGCUGAAGAGUGCUGCCACUCUGAUCCAGAGGCACUGGCGGGGCCACAACUGCAGGAGGAACUAUGGGCUGAUGCGUCUGGGCUUCCUGAGGCUACAGGCCCUGCACCGCUCCCGGAAGCUUCACCUGCAGUACUGCCUGGCCCGCAGGCACAUCAUCAAGUUCCAGGCACGCUGUCGCGCCUACCUGGUGCGCAAGGCCUUCCGCCACCGCCUCUGGGCCGUGCUGACCGUGCAGGCUUAUGCCCGGGGCAUGAUUGCCCGCAGGCUGCACCGGCGCCUCAGGGCCGAGUACCGGAGGCGCCUGGAGGCAGAAAAGAUGCGGCUGGCGGAGGAGGAGAAGCUCCGGAAGGAGAUGAGCGCCAAGAAGGCCAAGGAGGAGGCUGAGCGCAAGCAUCAGGAGCGCCUAGCCCAGCUGGCCCGCGAGGAUGCAGAGCGGGAGCUGAAGGAGAAGGAGGAGGCCCGGAGGAAGAAAGAGUUGCUGGAGCAGAUGGAGCGGGCCCGCCAUGAGCCCAUCAACCACUCGGACAUGGUGGACAAGAUGUUUGGCUUCCUGGGGACUUCAGGUGGCCUGCCAGGCCAGGAGGGCCAAGCACCUAGUGGCUUUGAGGACCUGGAGCGAGGGCGGAGAGAGAUGGUAGAGGAGGACGUGGACGCAGCCCUGCCCCUGCCAGAUGAGGACGAAGAGGACCUCUCCGAGUACAAAUUUGCCAAGUUCGCGGCCACCUACUUCCAGGGCACAACCACACACUCCUAUACCCGGCGGCCACUCAAACAGCCGCUCCUCUUCCAUGAUGACGAGGGAGACCAGCUGGCAGCCCUGGCCGUCUGGAUCACCAUCCUCCGGUUCAUGGGGGACCUCCCGGAGCCCAAGUACCACACGGCCAUGAGUGACGGCAGCGAGAAGAUCCCUGUGAUGACCAAGAUUUAUGAGACCUUGGGCAAGAAGACUUACAAGAGGGAGCUGCAGGCCCUGCAGGGCGAGGGAGAGGCCCAGCUUCCUGAGGGGCAGAAGAAGAGCAGUAUGAGGCACAAGCUGGUGCAUUUGACCCUGAAGAAGAAGUCCAAACUCACAGAAGAGGUGACCAAGAGGCUGCACGAUGGGGAGUCCACGGCGCAGGGUAACAGCAUGCUGGAGGACCGGCCUACCUCCAACCUGGAGAAGCUGCACCUCAUCAUCGGCAACGGCCUCCUGCGGCCGGCACUGCGGGAUGAGAUCUAUUGCCAGAUCAGCAAGCAGCUCACCCACAAUCCCUCCAAGAGCAGCUAUGCCAGGGGCUGGAUCCUCAUGUCUCUCUGCGUGGGCUGCUUCGCCCCCUCCGAGAAGUUUGUUAAGUACCUCAGGAACUUCAUCCAUGGGGGACCGCCUGGCUAUGCCCCUUACUGUGAGGAGCGCCUGAGGAGGACCUUCGUCAAUGGGACCCGGACACAGCCGCCCAGCUGGCUAGAGCUGCAGGCCACUAAGUCCAAGAAACCCAUCAUGUUGCCUGUGACAUUCAUGGAUGGGACCACCAAGACCCUGUUGACAGACUCGGCAACCACAGCCAAGGAGCUGUGCAAUGCACUGGCCGACAAGAUCUCACUCAAGGACCGCUUUGGCUUCUCCCUCUACAUCGCCCUGUUUGAUAAGGUGUCGUCCUUGGGCAGUGGCAGUGACCACGUAAUGGACGCCAUCUCCCAGUGUGAGCAGUAUGCCAAGGAGCAGGGUGCCCAGGAGCGCAAUGCCCCAUGGAGGCUGUUCUUCCGCAAAGAGGUCUUCACGCCUUGGCACAACCCCUCAGAAGACAGUGUGGCCACCAACCUCAUCUACCAGCAGGUGGUUCGAGGAGUCAAGUUCGGAGAGUACAGGUGUGAGAAGGAGGAUGACUUGGCUGAGCUGGCCUCUCAGCAGUACUUCGUGGACUAUGGCUCUGAGAUGAUCCUGGAGCGCCUGCUGAACCUCGUGCCCACUUACAUCCCCGACCGUGAGAUCACACCCCUGAAGACACUGGAGAAGUGGGCCCAGUUGGCCAUUGCUGCCCACAAGAAGGGGAUUUACACCCAGAGGAGAACUGAUGCCCAGAAGGUCAAAGAGGAUGUGGUCAAUUACGCCCGCUUCAAGUGGCCCUUGCUCUUCUCCAGAUUUUAUGAAGCCUACAAAUUCUCAGGCCCCAGCCUCCCCAAGAGUGAUGUCAUUGUGGCUGUCAACUGGACGGGCGUCUACUUCGUGGAUGAGCAGGAGCAGGUGCUUCUGGAGCUGUCCUUCCCAGAGAUCAUGGCUGUGUCCAGCAGCAGGGGAGCAAAGCUCACGGCCCCCAGCUUCACACUGGCCACCAUCAAGGGGGAUGAGUACACCUUCACAUCCAGCAAUGCUGAGGACAUCCGUGACCUGGUGGUCACCUUCCUGGAGGGGCUGCGGAAGAGGUCUAAGUACACAGUGGCCCUGCAGGACAACCCCAACCCCGCGGGUGAGGAGUCGGGCUUUCUCAGCUUCGCCAAGGGAGAUCUCAUCAUCCUGGACCAUGACACGGGCGAGCAGGUCAUGAACUCAGGCUGGGCCAAUGGCAUCAAUGAGAGGACCAAGCAACGUGGGGACUUCCCCACAGAUUGUGUGUACGUCAUGCCCACUGUCACCACGCCACCUCGGGAGAUUGUGGCCCUGGUCACCAUGACCCCUGACCAGAGGCAGGACGUCAUCCGGCUCCUGCAGCUGCGGACAGCAGAGCCCGAGGUGCGGGCCAAGCCCUAUACGCUGGAGGAGUUCUCCUGUGACUACUUCAGGCCCCCACCCAAGCACACCCUGAGCCGAGUCAUGGCAUCCACGGCCCGAGGCAAGGAGCGGCUGUGGAGCCACACGCGGGAGCCACUCAAGCAGGCGCUGCUCAAGAAGAUACUGGGCAGCGAGGAGCUCUCACAGGAGGCCUGCGUGGCCUUCACUGCUGUGCUCAAGUACAUGGGUGACUACCCAUCCAAGAGGACACGCUCCGUCAAUGAGCUCACAGACCAGAUCUUUGAAGGGGCUCUGAAGGCCGAGCCCCUCAAGGACGAGGCAUAUGUGCAGAUCCUGAAGCAGCUGACUGACAACCACAUCAGGUACAGUGAGGAACGGGGCUGGGAGCUGCUCUGGCUGUGCACUGGCCUCUUCCCACCCAGCAACAGCCUCCUGCCACACGUGCAGCGCUUCCUGCAAUCCCGCAAGCAUUGCCCGCUGGCCAUCGACUGCCUGCACCGGCUCCAGAAAGCUCUGAGAAAUGGGUCCCGGAAGUACCCCCCGCACCUGGUAGAGGUGGAGGCCAUCCAGCACAAAACCACCCAGAUCUUCCACAAGGUCUACUUCCCGGACGACACAGAUGAGGCCUUCGAGGUGGAGUCCAGCACCAAGGCCAAGGACUUCUGCCAGAGUAUCGCUGCCCGGCUGCUCCUCAAGUCCUCAGAUGGAUUCAGCCUCUUUGUUAAAAUUGCAGACAAGGUCAUCAGCGUCCCCGAAAACGACUUCUUCUUUGACUUUGUUCGACAUCUGACAGACUGGAUCAAGAAAGCACGGCCCAUUAAGGAUGGAAUCGUGCCAUUGCUAACCUACCAGGUGUUCUUCAUGAAGAAGCUGUGGACCACCACAGUGCCAGGCAAGGACCCCAUGGCCGACUCCAUCUUCCACUAUUACCAGGAGCUGCCCAAGUAUCUCCGAGGCUACCACAAGUGCACGCGGGAGGAGGUACUGCAGCUGGGGGCGCUGAUCUACAGGGUAAAGUUUGAGGAAGACAAGUCCUAUUUCCCUAGCAUCCCCAAGCUGCUGAGGGAGCUGGUGCCCCAGGACCUCAUUCGGCAAAUCUCCCCUGACGACUGGAAGCGGUCCAUCGUCGCCUACUUCAACAAGCAUGCGGGAAAGUCCAAGGAGGAGGCCAAGCUAGCCUUCCUGAAGCUCAUCUUCAAGUGGCCGACCUUUGGCUCAGCUUUCUUCGAGGUGAAGCAAACCACAGAGCCAAACUUCCCUGAGAUCCUCUUAAUUGCCAUCAACAAGUAUGGGGUGAGCCUUAUCGAUCCCAGAACGAAGGACAUCCUGACAACUCACCCCUUCACCAAAAUUUCAAACUGGAGCAGCGGCAACACUUACUUCCACAUCACCAUUGGAAACCUAGUCCGUGGGAGCAAACUGCUCUGUGAGACAUCACUGGGCUACAAGAUGGAUGACCUCCUGACUUCUUACAUUAGCCAGAUGCUUACUGCCAUGAGCAAACAGCGAGGCUCCAGGAGUGGCAAGUGAACAGUGGGUGGGAGAGUGCAGGCUCUGUGCCUGCUGCUUGGGCCCAUCAGCUACCCCUACAGGUGGGAGAAGUUUUGCCAUCCAGGCGGGGACAUUGGGCUGGCCACAAACUGGGCCUCUGAGCCAUUUUGUGUGAGAUCAGAACUUCCUGCAUUCACCCAUGCACCUGGGUUAGUUCCUGUCCUAGCUUACUGUAGCCUUUCCAGUGCUCUUUGGAUGCCCCUCCUGACUCAGACCAGCCCUGCCACAUGAUCCCCUUUGACUUUCUGUGCACCAAGGGGCCAGGGGAAUUGAGAGGACAACCCAGCUGUAGACAUUGGGAACAACCACAGUGUACAUUGAGCAAGGAUACUCUGAAACCCAGGGGACUGGGUUGCUUCCCCUAAGUCCAGCAUCAUCAGCUGGGAUGAGGCAGACAGACUACCUUUGUACAUUACAGUGUGAGUGCUGGGUCCCUGCUGUCUCCCUGAUCACCUCAGGGCAUAAAGCAUGUGUUUAUCCUCUGGCCCUGCAGUGUCCUUCCUGGGAGAAGGGGUGUGGGGUCCCCUACAGGGCAGGGACCUGUAGGGGAGUGGCCUGCUUCCUCUGUGCCUGCCAGGCUAAGCUGGUCUGGGCUUUGGAGUGCUUGAGCUCAGAGUGUGUGAAAACAUCCUAAAGAAUCCAGCUGAGCAAGGCAGGUUGGGGAAAGCCGGACAUCAGUCUUGAGCGGUAGAGGCCUAUGUGUGCAAAGGCUGGGGUCUAGAGAAGGAGUCAGCUUUUGGCUCCUAAUUAGUGCCACUGGAGACAUAAUGGCCUUUGUACCCUGCCAGAAACUUCUCCUUGGCUUAUCAAGACAUGUCCAAAAACCCUAAGAACAACACUGCCUUGGCUUAAAUCCUUGCAUCCAGUGGAUAUCUGCAAAAUACUGCUUUGUGACUACGAUGAAACUAAUAAGUUUGGUGUGAUUGGGGUAGGUCUGAGGGUGCAGGCUUCAGGUGGGUCAGGGGUGAUAACUUCUGGGCUGCAGCUGGGAUGAAUAACUAGCGAUGUGAUGGUGAAAAAUCCUUAGAGGUGGGAGUGUUUGUGACCUAUCCUCAAGGUCUCUUUGAUACUGAAGGGGGGGGCUAGGUCCCUCUUGCCCUCACAUGUUCAAAUGUCAGGGCCAUCCACAUCUAAGUGCCUGACCAACCCUUAGGGAGUGCUGCUUCUGAUCCCCCAGCUGCCUGUGUAGGAGGGAGGGGCUGGUGUGUGUGAGUGGAGGUCCCAAACCAGCCAGCCCCAUUCUCUGUGACAAUGAUGUGGAGUCAAGAGGAGGUAGCCUGCCCCACUAAUGUCCGCAUGGCUCCACAGUAUUAAGAUCAAUCUGGGCCAGAGGAAAGUGCUGUGGUGUUUUGCCCCCCCCAUCAUAUCAUGCCCAAGGGGCACUAAGCCCCAGAGAAACAGUGUGACUAGGUGAAGGUCACACAGUGCAACUCAACUCACUCCUGCUUGUCUUCAGGCUCCCCAGUCAGAGCUUCCGAUGCUUGCUGUAAGCUCUAGUUUCCCCUUAAGGUCAAAGGCUACUCACUGAGUGAACAUGGAGUCAUCCCCAUCACCACACUGGGUAAUCAGUGAACCACAUACUGCACGCUGUAGCAGAGAAUGUGUGUGGGAAGAAUGCUUUGUCUGACUAAUGCCCAUGCCACCUCAGCUCCCUGACUCAGGAUGACAUCACUAAGGGAUGUUCCCAUCCUCCAUCUGUCAGCCUGGGUGAUCACUCGCCAAAGAAUAUAUCGCUUACCUUCUGGGUUCUUGAGAGGUUGUCUUUAUUACAUGCUGCUGUCACCAGUCACGCAGGUGUUGAGACAACCCUGUAAUACCCACUUCUAGUUCCAAGACCACACACCAUUGUUUCCUCUUCACCAUCCCUUGAAAGAUGCAUUUUAUAUAGAGAGGCUGGGCCAGAAUGGUUCUCCUCAAAGUCCCUUCUGUAUGCCUUCCUGAUCACUCCCCACCAUCACCCACCCUUAAGCACAGAGAGGAAGAGGAAGAAGGGGGCGAGGUAUGGCUAAUCCUUCUUUGGAGAUUUCAUCUCAUAGGAG